AUGGGCACAGUUCAGAAAGAUUCAGUUGUUAAUAAUGUGCUCAAGAAUCUGUGUUGUUCUUAUGGAUGGUCUUAUGGUGUUUUUUGGAGCUAUGAUCAGCCAAAUUCAUUAUUGUUGACCCUGCAAGAUGCCUACUUUGAUGAAGAAUUCGGAGGAUUGAUCGAUCAUCGGCUUCUGCAAGUACCGAUUGGAGGAGGGAUAAUUGGACAAGCUGCUUAUGCUAACAAGCACCUGUGGAUAUCCUCAGAAGAUCAUUACAAUGAACAGAGUUUUUCGGGUUCAAUCUGGGAUAUGUUUCUGGAUGACGAUGGAUUUCGUGGCCAGUUUUCGGCUGGUAUGAAGACAAUUGCAAUAAUCCCUGUGGAGCCACAAGGAGUCGUACAUUUUGGGGCCAAGGAGAAGAUUCUGGAGAGGAUGGAAUUUGUAGAUCAAACAAGAAGAAUGUUUCAAGAAUUUGUAAAUGGUGGACAUGAAAUUGCUUCAUCUUCCUUAAACAGCCAAGUUUGUCAUCAAAACGGUUUGAUAUCGUCCGAAGAAUCUUGUUUUCUUGAUGCACCCCCGGAUUUCGGUAUCCCGAAUGAAUUCUUCCAAAUGGAAGAUUUCAAUCUCGGAAGCUUCACACCGAAGGAUGACUUUUUGUCGUUUAUUCCCGUCAAUUAUGAUGAAUCCGUGACUAUUUCUGGUAGUGACGUUGAUCCGCUCGGAAAUAUGGGAGAUUUGGGAGACAUUUUAGCUCCGGUUAUCGAUGGAAGUCACUCAAGUUUCGAUUCCUACAGUUCAGGAUGUAUGUUCGUGCCGAAGCCAACCCGCCAAUUUGACUGUUCUGCCCUUGGUCAGAAACCGAAAGAAAGGUUGUUCGCAGGGCUUGGGAUCGAAGAGCUUUUGGAGGGUAUUUCUGGUAUAUCCAAUGCAGCUUCGACCUCUUGCGUCGAGGGUCAAGUUGCAAAAAGACGGAAAACUGGAAAUUCAAUGUGGGAAGCGAGUUCAUUACAGCCUGUUCUAUAUAACAACAAUCUUGAGCCGAAGAAAGAUGCCAUGGCUAAAUCAGCGUCGGGUUUACGGAUGGUCGAUGGUUAUAGUAUGAGUGGUUCGAGCACAAUUGUCCAAGCUAUGAAACAAGUCGAAACUUCGAAACCCGCUAAGAAAAAAGCUAAACCCGGGACUCGGCCCCGGCCCAAAGAUCGCCAGCAAAUCUUGGACCGAAUGGCCGAGUUGCGACAACUGAUUCCGAACGGUGAGAAGAUGAGCAUCGAUUGUUUGUUGGAUCGGACCAUCAAGCACAUGCUUUUCUUGCAAAGCGUAACGAAACAAGCCGUCCGAAUAAAAGAAGCCGAUGAGCCAAAGCAUAAUGGCGUGGUUUCCAUUGACCCGAGCACCAACGGUGUGACUUGGGCAUGCGAAUUGGGAAAUCAGACGGUCGUGUGUCCGCUAAUUGUCGGGGACCUCGGUUCCCCUGGUCAAAUGCUUGUCGAGAUGCUUUGUGAAGAACGAGGAUUCUUUCUUGAGAUAGUGGACAUAAUCCGGAGUUUCGGCUUAAUAAUCUUAAAGGGAGUUAUGGAAGCUCGCACUGAUAAAAUUUGGGCGCGAUUCAUAGUCGAACCCGAGAUUAACAGACACGUAACACGACACUGGCUAUUCUCGGCUCUCGUUCGGCUUCUACAAAUGAUAGAGGUCGGCGGUGAUGGUAAGAAGUAUGGGGAAAUUGGAAAUUCUUUACUUGACGAUUUAAAUCGUCAAUCUGGGAUACAAAAUCUUGUGAAUUUGGCAGAAAUGCAAUACUGUAUGAACUUGUAA